CAUGGGGUCUCUUGUCAUCUUCAUAAGAGGAAAGAGUAGAAACGUGAACCAGAACCAGAAUGGAUCUUCAACAACGACCACUGAAACUUCACUUUAUUCCUUACCUGUCACCGGGGCAUGUGAUCCCUCUCUGCGGCAUUGCAACACUCUUCGCCUCACGCGGGCAGCACGUGACGGUGAUCACCACUCCCUACUACGCCCAAAUCCUCCGCAAGUCAAGCCCCUCCCUCCAACUCCACGUCGUUGACUUUCCCGCCAAAGAUGUGGGCCUUCCCGACGGCGUCGAAAUCAAGUCCGCUGUCACCGACCUCGCUGACACUGCAAAGUUCUACCAAGCCGCCAUGCUCCUCCGCAGACCCAUCUCCCAUUUCAUGGACCAGCACCCACCUGAUUGCAUCGUCGCCGACACCAUGUAUUCCUGGGCGGAUGACGUGGCCAACAACCUCCGCAUCCCACGACUUGCCUUCAACGGAUACCCCCUCUUCUCCGGCGCCGCCAUGAAGUGCGUCAUAUCACACCCCGAACUCCAUUCCGACACGGGCCCUUUCGUCAUCCCCGAUUUUCCUCACCGCGUCACCAUGCCCUCCAGACCACCCAAGAUGGCCACCGCCUUCAUGGAUCAUCUCCUCAAAAUAGAGCUCAAGAGCCACGGCCUCAUCGUGAACAGCUUCGCCGAGCUGGACGGAGAAGAGUGCAUCCAGCACUACGAGAAAAGCACGGGUCACAAGGCUUGGCAUCUUGGGCCAGCUUGUCUGGUUGGAAAAAGGGAUCAAGAGAGGGGCGAGAAGAGCGUGGUGAGCCAGAACGAGUGUCUCACUUGGCUCGACCCCAAGCCAACUAACUCGGUUGUCUACGUAUCCUUCGGAAGCGUCUGUCAUUUUCCAGAUAAACAGCUUUACGAGAUUGCAUGUGCGUUGGAACAGAGUGGGAAGUCAUUCAUAUGGAUUGUUCCAGAGAAGAAAGGGAAGGAAUACGAGAAUGAGAGCGAGGAGGAGAAGGAAAAAUGGCUUCCAAAAGGGUUUGAGGAGAGAAACAGGGAGAAGGGGAUGAUUGUUAAAGGGUGGGCCCCGCAGCUCCUCAUCCUGGCCCACCCGGCUGUGGGUGGCUUCCUCUCGCAUUGCGGCUGGAACUCCUCCUUGGAGGCCGUCACCGCCGGGGUUCCCAUGAUCACGUGGCCGGUCAUGGCGGAUCAGUUUUACAACGAGAAACUCAUAACUGAGGUGCGGGGGAUUGGGGUGGAGGUGGGUGCCACCGAGUGGAGACUCGUUGGUUAUGGGGAGAGGGAGAAGCUGGUCACCAGAGAUACCAUUGAGACUGCCAUCAAAAGGUUGAUGGGCGGUGGCGAUGAAGCUCAAAACAUCAGACGCCGCUCGGAAGAGCUUGCGGAAAAGGCUAAACAAUCCCUUCAGGAAGGAGGUUCAUCCCACAACAGGUUAACGACCCUCAUUGCUGAUCUCAUGCGCUUGAGGGACUCUAAGUCGGCCACCUGAUUUCUUGCGCCAUGCCCCUACAAUUAUAACUCUUCCCUAGUUAUAAGAAUAUCUAUUAUGAAUUAGUAAAUAAACAGAUUUACUUACUAACUUAGUAAGUUCAUUUUAGUGCGUUAAGUUGUUGUAAACUUUUUGUUGAGUUGAGAAUAAAGGUGAGUGAAUUUGAUUUGUUCCUAUGAACCUUUGAAACA